GGAAUUUAAAGGCACUCAGGGUAUAGUAAGUCAUUCAUGGAAUCAACCUGAGUGAAGUCAGCGUCACAGUCAUUUUUAUGGAAGAGGGAGACAGACGUGGUGAGAAUGAAGAGAAUGGAAAGGAUUCAGAAGCACUGUUGUGGGGAAUGUAGACGGAGUUGAAAAGAAACAAAUAGAAAACGUUACUAACCAGCAGCAGAGAUCAGCUAGCGUGCAUUUUAGUGGUUGAGUAUCUGCUGUGUGCCAGGUGAAGGUGGAUAAGAUGGUACCUUCAGAACUCACGGCAGAGUUGGAGACACAGGUGAUAGGACAUAAUGACAGGGUAUCUUACUGAAGUAUUUAUGCGGUAAGAUCGCACAGAUGUGACCCCAAAGUCAGACUUGAGGAAGGAACGGUGGGGAAGGGGAAACGUGGCCGGAAAGACUUCAGGAGCAGGUGACAGCUCAGCCAAACCGUGUUCAGAGCGUGGGCGUUAUCUGGAAGGUGGGAGAGUCAUUUGUCAAUAAAGUAUUCCCAGGGCAGGAAGUAUCAGAACCAGAGACUUCUGAGGAGAGAGCAAGGCAGAGGUCUGCAGUCCACCUGCUUCAGAAUCACCUGGAUGCGCACAGUGCAGAUGCCUCGGCCCCAGGACUCUGCAUUUUAACUGGCUCUCUAGGUGUUCCUUCUAGAUAACAUGAGUUGAAUACUUAAUACAUUGCCAGGGGCUAUAUUAAAUGUUCACACGGGUUCUCACAAUUAUCUCAAUAACUGAGAUAGGAUGAGGAAAGUAGGACACAGAGAAGUCAUUUGCCCAGUCGUAUAGCUAGUGAGUAGUGGGCUGGGGGUCCAAAACUGGCCAGGAACACAGCUUGUUUGGGGAGCUGCAGGUAGUUUAUUUUGGAGGGCACACCUGGGAUUAAUAGGAAGUAAGCCUAAUAAUAAUAAUAAUAACAAUAAUAACAGUAAUAGAAGUAGAGGCCAUGUUAAAAAGAUUUUGCCUUCAUGGUUUAGUGACUUCUUCAGUAAUGCUUAUGUAUUGAGAAUGAAAGCAAAGAAAGCAGGUAAUGGCUUUUUAGUUUUUACUACCAAACUGCCAUUUUAACUUCCAUAGUCUCACCUCAGUCUGACUCCAUUUCUCCCCACUUUUCCUCUUCCAAACACCAUCUCUUACUAGACUGAGCUCCUCAUCAUCAGAGCCCGUGUCUUAACUCAUGAAGUAUCUAGCUCAGACUGUUUGGCUUCAUUGUCAUGUACUUGUGUGUGUGUUUCCUCCCCUAGAAUGUAAGCUUCAGGAGGGUGGGGACCUGGGGUGUUUUGCUUACCGCUGUAGCCCUUGAGCCUGGCACAGAGGAGUCAGUAAGUAGAUGAUGAGUGGUGAAAUUUUCUGUAUCCAUAUAAUGGCUUCCGUCUCAUUCAGAGUCAAAGUCAAGGUUCUUAAAAGGCCCUGCAAGGCUCUACGUGGUCUGGCCCUCUGCUUGUCCUUCCCCUCCCUGCCUCUCCCUUCCCCCUGGUGUCAGGUCCUCCCUCUCCCUUGGCUUCAGCUGCCCACUCAGCUCCGGCUCACACUUCAUGAUUGCCAGUGUUUCUGUUCCAGGAGCCCCGGCUCAUUCCCGUUCCUUCCUCAGGUCUCUGCUAAAGUAGCGCCUUGUCAGAGAGGCUGGAGGGACGAAUGGAUGGAGGUGCUGCCUUGUGGUACCUCUCUUAUUGCCGUCUUAUGGUCUCCUGGAUGGUGGAGCAUGGACCCAGUUGCUACUCACAGCUGCCAUCUCCUCCAGCAGCUGCAUGAGCAGCGUAUUCAAGGCCUGCUUUGUGACUGUAUGUUGGUGGUGAAAGGAGUCUGCUUUAAAGCACAUAAGAAUGUUCUAGCAGCUUUCAGCCAGUACUUUAGGAGCCUCUUUCAGAAUUCUUCAGGUCAGAAGAAUGAUGUUUUUCACUUGGAUAUUAAAAAUGUAAGCGGCAUCGGGCAGAUCCUGGACUUCAUGUACACAUCGCAUCUGGAUCUUAACCAGGACAAUAUACAAGUCAUGCUGGACACGGCACAGUGUUUGCAAGUUCAGAAUGUUCUGAAUCUGUGUCACACAUUCUUAAAGUCAGCCGGUGUAGACCAGCCACCCGGCCUGCCUUGUCACAGUACAUUCUCCCUGCAAAGUGCUUUGACUCCUGACGCUAAUUGUGUUAUCAGUGAAAACUACGCCCCUCAUUUGCUGCAGGAGUGCUCAGCAGGUGUUCAGCAGGGUAGAGUUGUGGAUGAAUCACAUUCUCAUGCCCCACCCUCAGUUGGUCUUCAUACUUCCACAGCUGAAACCUCAAAACAAGCCCCUGAUACGUUAGAUGGCAGCUGCACAGAACUGCCUUUCAAACAGCCAAACUAUUACUACAAGCUCAGAAACUUGUACAGUAAGCAGUACUAUAAACAAGCCACCUGUCCCAGUCAUGAGAGAAUAAUCAAGCAGCCUUUCACUUUCAGCACAUCCUCAGACCUUCAUGCCGCGGAACACCAGCCCUGUGCUGUUGGUCACGCCGAGUGUGUCCUGGAGUCCUCCGAGCACUUGCCUUCCAACUUCCUGGCCCAGCCUUUGAGUGAACCUACCCCAGACCCUGAGCCAGACCACGCAAGCCAACAACCUACCAGACAGAUGAGGCUCAAGAAGGCCAUUCACCUUAAGAAGCUAAAUUUCCUAAAGUCACAGAAAUCUGCAGAGCAGACAUCUGAACCCAAGUCAGAUGACAGGUUAACCAAGAGGAUAGAAUCUGCCAGUGACCAUAGUGUAGAGAAAGUUAACAGCCAAAGUGCUGAAGAAAAAGAAAGUGAAGAACUCAUCAGUUCUGAGAAUUUUAAUUGCAUGAAUGAGAUGGAGAGGCCCGAAGACACUGCGGCCCUGGAAGACCAAUCCCAGACACUUCAAUCACAGAGACAGUAUGCGUGUGAAUUGUGUGGAAAACCUUUUAAACAUCCCAGCAAUUUGGAGCUUCACAAACGGUCUCAUACAGGUACACUGAUUCGGUCCCCGCAGGCAAAAGGAAAGGAAAUAAUGCAGACGAUCAGACACCACUGCCUGCUCCUGUUUUUGCGGGUAAUUUGCAGACUCACUUACGUCGGCAUUCUGGGGAGAAACCAUACAUCUGCGAGAUCUGCGGGAAGAGGUUUGCAGCCUCUGGUGAUGUCCAGCGUCACAUCAUUAUUCACUCAGGAGAAAAACCACACUUAUGUGACAUCUGUGGUCGAGGGUUCAGUAACUUCAGUAAUUUGAAGGAGCACAAAAAGACACACACGGCUGAUAAAGUCUUCACCUGUGAUGAGUGUGGAAAGUCUUUUAACAUGCAGAGGAAGUUGGUAAAGCACAGAGUUCGGCACACGGGUGAGCGGCCUUACAGCUGCUCUGCCUGUGGUAAGUUCCUGCCCACCGCAGACCCGCGGUCACCUGGUCAUCCGUGUGGGGAGGGCACCGGGGUCUGUGCCCACUCCGUCCUGGGCUGUUAGGGGUCUCAGAUAAGUCGUCCCUUUUUUCAUGGGUAAAAUGGAAGUGAUGCUGUUUCUUAACCACCUUGGUCCUCUGAUUCGUCUGCAUUUGUGUAGCAGGCAUUUACUGAGUGUCUUCAAGGUAUCAGGAACCGUCCUGGGUGCUCCAGUUACACAGAUGACUGAUACUGAGUCCCAGGUGCCCUGUGCUCCUGGUCUGGGCCCGUGGAGGGUUGGCAGUUGGAAAAGCGGGGGAGAGCGUGGGGUGCAGCAGCAGGGGCUAGAGCAUGGUGGCCUGCUGGGGCCUCGGGGGCACACGGUAGGCUCAAGAGGGAGGGCUUCUUGAGAUCAUAUUGUGUAUCAUGAAGCAAAGGUCGUUUCUACGGCAUUUGACGCCUCAGAAAAGUCAUCAGGAAGGAAAGGGAAGGCUGGCAGCUCUCAGUUUCCAGGCACGUCACUGCACAGAUGAGGAAACUGGGAUUGCAAGUUAGGUCACCUGGUACCUGUGAUAACAGAGUGUUGGAACCUCUGAAGAACUGGGAGGGCCUGUAUGCAUGUGUGGUGCAGCUGUGCACACGUGCACACGUGUGCCCCUGACAAUGUGGAUUGAAUCGCAGGCAAAUGAGUGAAUAACCAUUUUUACGAUUACCUGUUUAGAACAAAUAGGAAAAAUGCUCAGAGUCAGGCUGUGGGGAGCCUGGAAUUGGGGCAUCCUCGGAGUGGCUUGUUCUAGUUGUGGUUGGUAUCUAAAUUAGGGCAGGACGCGUGGGAUGUAACCAAAGGGAGGCAGCUUUGUUUGUAUCUCCCACUUACACUGUGUACAGAUCUCCUGGACACCAAUGUCGGCAGCUCCGUUACUAUUAAAGGGUAAAAUUGCAUCACUUUAAAUCACAAAUGCAGUCUCAAAUCACUAGUUUAAAAUGUCAGUUCUAAAUUAUUAUUACAACUGUGAACUUGAUUUCAGGUUCACUCUUCUCUUCCUUCCCCAGCCAGGCCUGCUGCUGGCUAAGACCCUGUAGAGAAAGCAGUGCAGCAGGACCCUCUCUUCCCCCCACUUCGUUUCCACCCCUCCAGCCACUCACUGACCAUGGUUUCUGACCCUAACAAGGUCAGCUUUCAGGGAAAGGGGGAGGGAGAAAGGGAGCAGGAAUGGUCUUUCAUGACAGGUUCAAAGCUUUAUAACACCUUUAUUGAGAUAAAUCCCGUACUGUAAAAUCUAGCCAUUUAAAGUGAACGGUUCAGCGGUUUGGGUGUAUCCAGUGUUGUGCUACCCUCACCACCAUGUAAUCUUAGAACCUUUUCCUCACCCUAAAAAAGAAACCCCACACCCAUUAGCAGUCACUCCCCAUCCCCUCCCGCCAACCCGAGGUAACCCUUAAUCUACUCUCGGUCCCUAUAGAUUUGCCUGUUGCAGACAUUUCAUAUAAAUGGAAACAUGUAAUACGUGAUCUUUUGUAACUGACUUCAUUUCACUUAGCAAAUCUGCUCUGAGCAUUCAUGUACAUGUUUAUGUGUGGAUGUAUGUUUUCAUUUUCUUGGAUUCAAAAGACAGUUUCCGUUUUAAGGUGGCUUCCCAUUCUGAGCUUUGCUGAGUUUAAAGCUUGGUCCUCUCUCUGCCCCUUCCUUCCCUCCUUCCCCCGUCCCUGUCCCUGUCCCUGUCUCUCCAGCAUUUCAUGCUUCUUCUAAAGACAGCCUUCCCUUCCACUCUGUCCUCCUUCCCCAGCACUCAGCUGUACUUUUCCGAGAUGGAAAGGUGCAUUUUCUUUCAGCGGGACUUCCUUUAGCACUUGGUUUUGUAAAAGCAGUUUCCUCCGAGGAGACUUUCUCUGUUGGCACCCCGACGCCUCUCUAGGCAGUCCUCUUAGGCCCCAGGCUGGCUCAUUUCCCAUCUGGGGACAUACUCACAUUCCAUGCUCUGGGGGAUUGCAGGCCCACACCUGGAGGCAAGCGCUGCCCCACCGUGACCUCCCGAUGGACACACGUCGAGCCUGGCUGCCCUGUCUUGACUUGAGGGCAGAGGGGAGACCCCUCCCAUAUCCCCUGCCUCGCUGGGAACUCUACUGUGGCUGAAGUUUAUACACGUUAAGGACCCUGAAAAUAGUUAACACCUUUUGCCUACUAAUUCCACUACUGAGAAUUUAUCUUAAGGAAACAA